AUGAACCCAAAGCACUCGGAAGCUGUCGUGGUCGAGAGGGAUAAUGGCAAACUCGAAGGCGGGCUCGACAGCCCCCAGGGUCUGGCCGACCUCGAUCCAGCCGAAUGGAAAACGCUCGAGACGAGGGUGCGCUGGAAGACCGACCUGCGCCUCUGUACCAUUGCCGGCAUCUUGUGCAGCCUCAAUCUGCUCGACUCGGGCAUCUUGUCAUCGGCAUCAGUCACCAGCAUGCCCGAUGACCUGGGCCUCCAGGGCACCCGAUACUCCGUCUCCAUCUUCAUCUUCACCAUCGCCAGUGUCGUCUUCCAACUGCCCUGCACCGUCGCGGUGCGCUGGGUCGGACCACGCCUCUGGUUCGCGUGCAUCACCUUCGCCUUUGGAUUGAUCACCAUGUGCACGGCCUUCAUCCACACGUGGAAGCAGAUGAUUGCCCUGCGCGUCUUGCUGGGCAUGUCCAUGUCAGGGAUCUACCCGGGUCUGACCUAUCUCAUCAGCACCUGGUACCCGCGACGUGAGCAGCAGCUCCGAUUCGCCUUUCUGCAGUCAGGCGAAGUCAUCGGCCUCGCGACGGGCUACAUCGUUAACUACGGCCUUGACUUUCUGGAUGGACGAGCAGGCAUGCAAGGCUGGCGCUGGAUGUACCUAGUGCAGGGCCUCCUCAGCUGUGUCCUUGGGAUCGUCACGUACUGGUGGAUCGUCGACUUUCCGGAGAAUGCCCAUCACAGCUUCCAUUUCAUGUCCGAGAUGGAGGCCCGCGUGGCCACCCAACGCAUCAAGGCAGACCGCGACGAUAUCGUCCCGGAUCCAUUCUCAUGGCGCAAGGUGCUCGCGCCGUUUGCCGAUCCGAAGCUGUACGGCUUCGCGUGCAUGUACUUCCUGUUGAACCUAGUAUCAACUGCGUUGAACUACUUUCUCCCCAUGAUCCUGGAAUCGGGCAUGGGGUUCUCGAGCAACGACUCGAUUUUACUCUCUACACCGCCAUAUUACUGGGCGGUCAUUCCGGUCCUCUUCACCUCGUUCGUUGGAGACCGAUUUCGCAUCCGCGGCCCGCUCAUCACCUUCAACGCGCUUUGUCUCAUCGCCGGGUUUCUCAUGUUCGGACUGCCGUCAUCUACACAGGUCACUGUGCGGUACAUCGGGACAUUCCUCGCAACCGGCGCGUACGUCUCCAACUGGGCGGCCCUGAACGCCUUCAUGGCCAACAACGUGGUGGGACAAUGGAACCGAGCCACCACCGCAGCGGCUGUGUCUGCCUGCAAUGGUCUCGGAGGUGUGGCAGGCAGCUACAUUGUGCGACAGCAGGAGGCACCGCGGUAUGAGACCGCGGUGUGGGUGUCUAUCGGGUAA